AUGGCCGGAGUUAACAAAUACGAUGUAAAACAAUUAAUCUUGGAAAGAGACAAUAUUGAUAAGGAACUGGGCCAUCUUCAUCAUACCCUAAAGACAGUAAGCGGCGAAAAUUAGAAUGUAUUAUCUUUAUAGCUUGAUGUGGACAUGGAAACCCCUUUGGUGGAUGCCGAGGGCUUUCCCAGAAGUGAUCUAGAUCUCCCAGCAAUUAGACUGACUCGAAAGAAUAUUAUUGGUAUGUGUUUUUUUAAGAUGUUUAUUGUUGUUUAGCCUUGACGAACGAUCGAAAAGCCUUAACCGAUGAAAUCGAAAAGGCGUUGGGGGAGCUGCAUCAAAAAACACCCGGACUGUCAGGAACUGCCAAACCUACAGAGCCUGCAGUUAGACGCCCAACAAACAGGGCAUUCCUUCUUGUUGAGAACGUCGUCUACAAUUCUCCUGCCUAUCAUGCGGUAGUUCAAAGUUAAAAUAUUAUUAGGUUCGCUUAUUUAAGGGACUUGCGGAAGGCGAUAAAGUCGUUCAAUUUGACAAAAUCCAUGCUCUAAAUUUCGAAGGCCUCCGUCAAAUCAGUGAAGUCGUGACGGGACUUGUUGGGGUAAGAUAUCGAUACGAUUACAACGUUUUAGAAAGAGCUCCAUAUUACGGUAUUGAGGAAGAUAAAGGUCCACCGUCUAAUCGCCCUGCCAGGCCCUUGGGAUGGAGUGGGCAUCUUCGGUGCCAGAUUACAAGUAUACAAUGAGGAUUGA